AUGUCGGCCGAGGCCACGGGCACGGGAUCCCCGGCAGCCCCCUCCCCUGGGGGUCCCGAGCCCCCGGGCCCGUCGCUGCCGCCCACAUCCCCCCCCCCACCCCGGGCCGCAGGCAGGGGCGCAGCCUAUGACCUCAAGCCGCUGAGUCCGAGUAGCAAGUAUGUGAAGCUGAACGUGGGGGGCUCGCUGCACUACACCACGCUGCAGACCCUGACCAAGCAGGACACCAUGCUCAAAGCUAUGUUCAGUGGCCGAAUGGAGGUGCUCACAGACUCCGAAGGUUGGGUGCUGAUCGACAGGAGUGGGCGUCAUUUUGGGACAAUCCUGAACUACCUUCGGGAUGGGUCAGUGCCUCUUCCAGAGGGCCCUCGGGAGCUGGGUGAGCUGUUGGGUGAGGCACGGUACUACUUGGUGCAGGGGCUAGCUGAAGAUUGCCAGAUGGCUCUACAGCAAAAGAGUGAGAGCCUUUCCCCACUCUGCCUUAUUCCCAUGGUGACAUCUCCACGGGAAGAGCAGCAGCUUCUGGCUAGCACCUCUAAGCCGGUGGUGAAGCUGCUGCACAAUCGAAGUAACAACAAAUAUUCCUACACCAGCACGUCGGACGACAACCUACUAAAAAACAUUGAGCUGUUCGACAAGCUGGCAUUGCGCUUCCAUGGGCGGCUGCUCUUUCUCAAAGAUGUGCUGGGUGAUGAGAUCUGCUGCUGGUCUUUUUAUGGACAGGGCCGAAAGAUUGCCGAAGUCUGCUGUACCUCCGUUGUUUAUGCCACCGAGAAGAAGCAAACUAAGGUUGAAUUGCCAGAGGCAAGGAUCUUUGAAGAAACAUUGAACAUUCUGAUCUAUGAGACACCCCGGGGGCCUGAUCCUGCUCUCCUAGAGGCCACUGGGGGUGCUGCUGGAGGAGGGGGGGCUGGGCGGGGAGAAGAUGAAGAUGGACGAGAGCAUCGAGUCCGAAGGUUCCAUGUCAGACGACACAUUACUCAUGAUGAGCGACCCCAUGGCCAGCAGGCUGUCUUCAAGGACUGACCUUUCACCCACUCUGCCCUUGAAUUUGUUCUCCCCUCGUGUUGUUCCCACCACCUUAACGCUUCCAUUCUCUCCCUUCCCAUGACUUCUGCCCCGGCUUUGCUGGUCAAG